AUGGCGAGGUUCCCACCGCCUGAGGUCCUCGCCUCCUGGCCCGAGCCCAACUUUGUGGACCCCAUCAACAGAGGUCCGGCUUUGAUGAUAGUCGAGCUCACAAUCCUACCCAUCGCUCUGGUCUGCCUGGCUCUUCGACUCUAUGUCAGGUUAUGCAUCAUCCGAAAGAGUUGGUGGGAUGACUGGCUGAUGGUUGGUGGCGCGGUAUUCGCUUCCGGAGUCACCGUCUGCGUCAUCUUGGCGACCCAGUUCUACGGAUGGAAUCUGCACGUAUGGGACUUGACGCCACAACAGAUGCAGCAAGGCCGCCAGAUCUCCAUUGCUGCCCAGACCAUCUUCCUCUUCGCUUCUGGCCUCACCAAAUUGUCCAUGUUGGCCAGUUACCUGCGGAUUGCACCUCUCGGCUCGGCAUUCCGGAAACUCACUUGGGCGACCAUCUACGUCGUCUUUGCACUGAUUUGGAUCUUCAUCAUCGUCCUCUGGACACAAUGCAUCCCCGUGGCCCACUACUGGCACCUCUCGCCCUCGUCGGCUGACAGCUGCAUCGGCGAGUGGCCCCCUCUCGCCGCGCAGGCCAUCACCACGGUCGUCACGGACCUCAUUGUCACGGUCCUCCCGAUGCCGACCCUCUGGAAGCUCCGCCUUCCCGUCUAUCAGCGUAUCGGCCUCAUGGUCCUCUUCGGCUUCGGCGUCAUCGUCGUCGUCGCCGGCGCCAUGCGCACCUACUGGACCAAUUACGUCACCGUCCACACCUACGACGUCACCUGGGACGGCUUUGCCCUAUGGAUGUGGACUGCCAUUGAGUGCAACCUUGGCAUCAUCUGCGGCUGCGUGCCUGUCCUCCGCCGCCUGCUGCCGCAGCGCAUGGGCGGGUCGAGCGGCACCGGUGGACGAAGCACGAGACCCGACCCUGCGGCGCCGCAGACGAUCGGCACGGCCGUCACGAGGCCGAAGAAGGGCCCCGCGGGCGCGACGGUCGCGGAGGAGCCGUGGGAGGAGCACGGGCUCGAGACCAUGUCGUCGAGGGGUGGCGCGAAUACGCCCGUCAAGGAGCCGCCGCCGGGGUGGCUGCCGAUCAAUGACACUUGGAAUCGGGGCCCUUAUGGCGUGCACGAUAGGGUAUGA